AGAUUGAAAGCGUCACUCAGCCGUUCUGUUCGGGCGUCGAAAGGAGUCGUUUUCAAAUAGAGGCAAAUGGCGAAAGAUUACAGCGCUUGUUUGCUUAUCAUUCUAUUAUGGAGUAGCUCAUUAGCCGAUGCUGUAAAAACGGAGUUUGACGACGUCUGGGAUCCAAGCUAUCAUAGGGAUCAGCCAGCGCUCGCUCAAUACAAAAGAUUCAUGUUUAAUCCGGACUUGGGUAAGAGAAUGUUUAAUAUGGAUUUGGGUAAGAGAAUGUUCAAUAACGAUCUUGGAAAGCGAAUGUUCAAUAUGGACUUGGGCAAAAAAAAGAAAAGGGAAAACAACUAGGCUACAACUCUAUUUCUGCAAUCGUCUGCUUUGUCUAGUUGGUUAUAUAUAAAAAAUUCUUUACCCAUUUUGUUCCACCUUUUUUCUCUCUUAAACGUAACAAAUCACUAAAAUAGUAAUAAUACUAAUAAUAAAAGCUUACACCGAUGACCGAAAAAAAUUCCCCUUUUGUUAUCUCAUUCUUUUUCGUCUAUUUCCCUUUAAAUUAACGAUUAAGCUGUUAGACGCUUCAAAAGCCAUCUCUGAAGAGCAAAGUGUCUGGUAUCCGAUCAUUUUCAUCUUUUUCCUACCUAUUCUUAUUCUACUUUUCCAAUUUUCCCACAUUUCGAUUCAUAAAAAAGUAGCCUUUCUAGUAACUUCGCUAUUACCAAUAUAUAUAAAUAUAUAUGUAUAUUUAUUAAUAUAGCGUAAAUAUAUAUAUAUUAAAAUUUUUAACAACGCCAUCUUGUGACACAACGUGCUCAGCAUUUUUAAUUGAGUCAAAUAGGUAAUUUAUUAACAACAAACUGUUUUUAUCGCACAAUGGUAGUCGUAAUAUUGUACUAUAGAGACAUAGGACUUCCUUAAAGGCAAGGAUUACUAGCUACUACAAAUUUGUAAACAUUUUCCUGACUUUCUUUUUUUGUCUUGUUUGUCUAUGCAAAAAUUUUUUAUUUCCUAUCUCCUUUUUUUAAUACGUAAAAAAAAUACCGAGAUUCCAGAUGUAUAGGACUAGCCGUGAAAACAUUCCAAAUAUUUAAUAUGUUCCAUAUCCUUACUAAAGGCCUAUAGACGAGUAGAAUUUUUGCAAGAAUGAAAAAGUUAAUUAAGGAGCAGACUAAACCGGAAGCAAAUAAUUUUAAUAAUCAUUAGAGUCUACACACUUAUAUACG